GCAAUAAAAAAAUCAACAACGUUGCAGAGAGAACCCUAACUUCAACGGGAACCCAAAAGGCAAAAACCAGAGAGAUCUCCAGAUCGACCAAGACCCAAAACAAAGAUCAAAUCAGAUUCUCUUCUAGAUUCUGGGUUUCGCUUUUGGAAUGUAGUGUACUAAGAAAGUUUCUUACUUUACUUGUAAGGCGUCAAGCAGACAGGCGAGGUGGUCAGCAGGAGAGUAAUGGUGGACGGUAACGGAACUAGUGCAGGCAACUCUCACCAGAUUGUUUCUGCGGCGGUGAGAGCUACGGUUUCGUGCCGUAAGCUGAGGAUAAACCCUAACAACGAGGUUAGGCCAGAUAAUUACGAGGAUCUGCAGCUCGAUUUCCCUAAUCCGGUUUACAAGAAUCUGGAGAAGUACUUGCCUCCGGACAUGCUGGUCUCGAACAGGGAAGAGAGAGUGAGGUUCAUGACUGACAUUAUGCUCAGUCACCUUCCUAGUGGAGAGCGGUCCAAGGCUCAAAAGCACAGUGACUAUAGGAGUAAGAUAGUAUCAAACUAUCAGCCACUUCACAGGGAGCUGUAUAAUCUAGUUCCUAGACUAUGUUUCGUUCCCUCUUUCCUAAAGGCGAUAAAUGAGAACACAGAGGAUAGCUUCAGAAGCAUCAUAUCUGAAGCUUCUCCUGGUGUUUUUGUCUUUGACAUGCUCCUCCCUAGCUUCUGCGAGAUGAUGCUAGCCGAGAUAGACAAUUUUGAAAAGUGGGUGGCUGAGACAAAAUUCAGAAUCAUGAGACCAAACACAAUGAAUAAAUACGGUGCUGUGCUUGACGACUUUGGCCUUGAUACCAUGCUUGACAAACUCAUGGAAUGUUUCAUACGUCCCAUUUCCAAAGUGUUCUUCAAUGAUGUUGGUGGAGCAACUCUGGACUCUCACCAUGGGUUUGUUGUCGAGUAUGGUAAAGAUAGGGAUGUUGAUUUAGGCUUUCAUGUGGAUGAUUCAGAAGUGACUCUGAACGUUUGUUUGGGUAACCAAUUUGUGGGAGGGGAGUUGUUUUUCAGAGGCACACGGUGUGAGAAACAUGUUAACACAGCGACAAAGUCAGAUGAGAUAUUUGAUUAUUGUCAUGUACCGGGGCAAGCUGUACUUCACCGCGGGCGCCACCGCCAUGGUGCCAGAGCCACAACAUCUGGACACAGGGUCAACAUGCUUCUAUGGUGCAGAAGCUCUUCGUUUAGAGAGCUACAAAGACUUCAGAAGGACUUCUCCAGCUGGUGCGGAGAGUGCUCUUGUGAAAAGAGAGAGGAGAAAGCACGGACGUUUGAUGCUAUAAGAAAGAAAUAUGUUAAAGCAGUGCAUGCUCCUCAGGCUUGAAGAAACAGGCAGUUCGAUAAAAUAAGAAAUAACUUAUAUUGGAUGACUUUAGAACUUGGGAUCAACACUUGUUAGGAUUGCUCUUGUUUUAAGGUGGCUUAAAACUUGAGCCUUUGUAGAAAAUCAUUUAAGGUAAAUGGCUUUCGGUUUUAUCUUUUCUGGACUCUUUGGUAACUAUGUACAUGAAAUCUAGUCUCAAAUUCACCUCUUCCACAACGAA